AUCACAUCAAGUUUUUCUGAACAUCCUCAACAGUAGGAUCAUCAAGAAUACCAGAAUGAAUCGUAACAUCGAUUCCUCUCAAGUACAUUUCAGGGCCACCAGCAGUUUGGAUACUAGAACAACCCGCCAUUUUCCCUUCUCUCGAACUCAUACUGCCAGCCAAAACAAACGAAAUAAUGAUGUACAAAACUCUUUCAAUACAUCAGCCAGCUAUCCUUCCCCUUACAAUCCCAAUAAGAAUAGUGAUCCAAACAGUGUCAAUCUAUUCAAUACACCUCUAAAAUCAAAACCAAUUCCCAAUAAUAAUAAUGCAAAUAUCUUUCCAAAACUUCCGAAUGGUAAGGGACAAGCACUCCCUCCUCUUCAAAACAAACCUCCACCAACAACAGCUUCCUCAGGGUCUAGAAAGAAGGAUAUCUCUUCAACUCUUGAUGAUGAAUUUGGUUCAUCUGGACCAUUAAAUGAAAUCAACUGGGAGAGAAAGACGAAGAAGAGACUGAAACCAAUUUCUGCCUUUAUCACUGAAACUAUCAAUGCUCAAGUGGCAGAAGAAUCUGUAAAUAGUUCAAUCGUUACAACGGAAGAAGCAAGUAACAAUGGAGGGGGAGGCACUUUCCUUACCGAACUCUCAAGAUCAGCCUCUCCUAUCGGAAUGAAUAGUAAUAAGGAAAAUAGAGUAGAAAUUCAAUCAAAGACUUUCUUCAAACAAAAUCGAGCACCAACCACUAAUCAAACAAAUUUGGAACUCUAUGUUGAGGAUCCAUUCGAUGUUACUGAUAGAAACAGUUGUGUCAAGAAAGCAAUUAGUGGAACCAUUAGACGUGUAAAUAUAUUAACACACAAAAAAUUCGAGUAUUGGAAAAACAACUCUGAUAACAAGUUUGUAGCUUCUGAACUUUUGACCAAGUUUCCUCAACAGGAGCUCGAUGCCAGUUAUCAAAGAUCCCUUAUGAGUAGGGCUAAGGAGUUAGACGACAGGCCUGAUUUCACCAGACAAACCUUGGAACUGUUAUUUUUGCCAUUUAAAACUUUUGAGAAUAAUAAUUUAGUGGAAACAUCACUCAAUCCAGAAGCAGAACAAUCAGCUGCUCAAAUCAACUCAGAUGAUGUUCAGAAUACAGGUCCAAAGAGGGUUGCAGAUAAAAAAUUUGAAGACAAAAUAGAUGAAGAACUCAAACGAAGUGAUGUGGUAUUUAAGGAAUUAUUUACCAAAUCCUAUCAAAUGGCCAAAUCAACGAUAACACAUUCUUCAACUCUCAAAAAUCCACUAGUUGGUAUUUUGGCAGGAUCAGACUUCUUACCUGCCUAUCAAUCCGAAUAUGUGACAAUAGCAAAGCCAAAAGCAAAGAGAAAGGUGUUAAAUAGUGAUGUUUGGAGGAAUGAAUUUCUCGAUGCUCAAAUCAACCACCAACAAGAUUUGCUUAACAUUCUGGAUACAAGAUAUGGAAAUAGAUACAUUGUUGAACAGUCUCAAAUUUAUUUGGAAAAGUUGGUUCAAAGAUCAGUGAAACGAUCUGAGAGAUUUGCUCUCAAUGGCCUCAAUGAAACUAUUCAAAGAAAGCCUGGAGAUAUAACUUUUGAAUCAUUUUGGGAUAGAUACAGUAAAACUUUGGAAGUGGAAAAGACACAAUUUUACCAGACAGUGCUUUUCUACAGAAGGUUAUUGUUUCACUUGGAAACAAUUCAAAUUCCAUCACCCGACAAUUCUUAUCUGAUAAGAUUACUCGAGAGUAUAAGAUUAAGACUAAUUGAGAAUCCAAGACAAGAAUUGACAAAAGAGCAUAUUUUCUUUAGUAAUAUCAAACCAUUGGUCGAGGAAAUGUCAAGGUUUGAUAAGCUUCAUCCUGAAGAUGGUGGAAGAUUGGAUGCAUUCUUCAGUAAUAGAGAGACCAUUAAGGUUAUUCAAUUUUUUAUUGCCGAGCUCAAUAUUAACAGUGAUGAUUUGUUUACAAACUUCUUACUCAAAUUGAGAAUUAAACAUACAAAGGUUCUGGAUGAGCUAAGAACCAGGCUUAAAGAAAGAGAAAGACAACAACAAGCACUGAUCAAGAAGGUUGAUCUCUUCCUUGUAGAUGGUGCGGAAAAGAACUUUAUCAGAGCGAUGGUUAUGGCUCUCCAACCUCACUCUGCACUGGCUGGUUCUUUAAUUGUGAAGAAGGGUGAUACUGCCAAUGAAAUGUUUUUCAUUCUCAAAGGUUUUGUUGAGGUUAUCACAGAGGGCAUUGAUCCAAAAGUCAUUGCUACAUUGGAUGAAGGUAAAUUCUUUGGGGAGGUUGGUGUCGUUCUCGAUCAGACUAGAAUGGCCACUGUAAGGGCUGGGUCGCACUGUGACUUGUUUGUGCUUAGUAAGAGUGCAUUGAAGAGAAUUGAGGAAGAAUUUCCAGAACCUUGUCAAAAGAUUAGGGAUAAGGCAAUUGAAAGACUUAACUCUGUAAAAUAAAUUAAUUUAUUUUUAAACUGC